CACAAAGAAAAGCAAGCAAAAAGCACAGAGAAAAGUAUAUAAAGAAAUACAUAAAAUUACAUAAUAAUAAAAUAAACCGUCAUACAAGCUGAUCUAAGCGGCUGUGUUACAUCUGUUGCACAACAGCUUGACGUCUGGCAGCGUGUGAGUCCAGCUUCCUACAACGCUCACGCUGGUAAAAAGCAUUCAAAAUAUUUGUACGUCGCUUAGCUAGAGUGGCAACAUUGGCGGUACGACGGGCUUGACGAGCGACGGUAACGAACUGUGUACCAAAAAACUGGUGGCUGCGCGUUGAUUGAGCGAAAAUAUUUUCAUCGUGAGAAGAAACUAUAUAAAAGACCCUACAAUCCAAUGCCAGCCCGAAAGGGGCUGCUUGCGCCCCAAAAUACCUUCUUGGAUACGAUCGCAACACGUUUCGAUGGCACACAUUCAAAUUUCGUGCUUGGCAAUGCGCAGGCAAAUGGCAAUCCAAUUGUUUAUUGUUCGGAUGGCUUCGUGGAGCUGACAAGAUAUUCGCGUGCGCAAAUAAUGCAGAAGGGAUGCUCGUGCCAUUUCCUAUAUGGACCGGAAACAAAAGACGAGCACAAACAGCAAAUUGAAAAAAGUCUGAUGAAUAAGACCGAAUUGAAAUUGGAAGUUAUUUUUUACAAAAAAGAUGGUUCACCGUUUUGGUGUCUCUUUGACAUUGUGCCAAUUAAGAACGAAAAACGCGAUGUGGUGCUCUUUUUGGCAUCACACAAGGAUAUUACACAUACAAAGAUGUUGGAGAUGAAUGUAAAUGAAGAAUGUGAUAGCGUUUUUGCCCUUACAGCUGCUUUGUUGGGCGCGCGUUUUCGUGCCGGUUCCAAUGCUGGCAUGCUGGGCUUGGGCGGCCUGCCGGGUCUGGGCGGUCCGCCGACAUCGGAGGCGGAUGCUGACGGCAUGGAGGGCAAUAAUCUGGAUGUACCUGCUGGCUGUAAUAUGGGACGGCGACGUAGUCGCGCGGUGCUCUAUCAACUAUCCGGCCACUACAAGCCGGAGAAGGUGAAGACGAAAUUGAAAUUAGGAAAUAAUUUAUUGCAUUCAACGGAGGCGCCUUUUCCCGAAUACAAAACGCAAUCAAUAAAAAAGUCACGCUUCAUUCUGCCGCAUUACGGUGUUUUCAAGGGUUUUUGGGACUGGAUUAUAUUGGUGUCCACCUUCUAUGUGGCCGUUUUGGUGCCAUACAAUGCGGCAUUCGCGAAAGCUGAUCGUCAAACCAUGGUGUCGGAUGUUAUUGUCGAGGCGCUGUUCAUUGCAGACAUUUUAUUGAAUUUUCGUACAACGUUCGUCUCGAGCAAAGGUGAAGUUGUCUCCGAUUCCAAGCUGAUUGCGAUUAACUAUUUGCGCGGCUGGUUCGUGGUCGAUUUGCUGGCGGCGCUGCCGUUCGAUCAUCUGUAUGCAUCGGAUUUAUACAAUGGCGAGGAGUCGCACAUUCAUUUGGUGAAAUUGACACGCCUGUUGCGCCUGGCACGGCUACUGCAAAAAAUGGAUCGAUACUCACAGUACACCGCCAUGAUACUGACACUGCUGAUGUUGUGCUUCUCGCUGGUGGCGCAUUGGUUGGCCUGCAUCUGGUAUGUCAUUGCCGAAAAGGAGUACAUGAUGAAUGAUAGCGGCUGGGAUAUAGGUUGGAUGCACGCUUUGUCUGAGCGCUUGAAGAUACCCAUCACAAAUAUCACCAACGCCGAGGCCUAUUCGACGGCGCUGUAUUUCACCUUCACCAGCCUAACGUCGGUGGGGUUUGGCAAUGUAUCCGCGAAUACGACGGCGGAGAAAGUCUUCUCCAUCAUCAUGAUGCUAAUUGGAGCAUUAAUGCACGCCGUCGUGUUCGGCAAUGUGACGGCGAUAAUCCAGCGCAUGUAUUCCCGGCGUUCAUUGUACGAGAGCAAAUGGCGUGACUUAAAGGAUUUUAUAGCGCUGCAUCAGAUGCCCAAAGAACUGAAACAAAGGAUUGAAGAUUACUUCCAGACAUCGUGGUCGCUCAACCAUGGCAUUGAUAUUUACGAGACGCUACGCGAAUUUCCCGAGGAGCUGCGCGGCGAUGUGUCCAUGCAUUUACACCGUGAGAUCCUGCAAUUGCCGAUAUUCGAAGCCGCCUCACAGGGCUGUCGGAAGCUGCUUUCACUACACAUCAAGACCAACUUUUGCGCACCCGGUGAAUUUUUGAUACACAAGGGUGACGCGCUAAACUAUAUCUACUAUCUUUGUAAUGGUUCCAUGGAGGUCAUCAAGGACGAUAUGGUGGUGGCUAUAUUGGGCAAAGGCGAUUUGGUUGGCUCUGACAUUAACGUCCAUUUGGUGGCCACUUCCAAUGGCCAGAUGACAGCGACCACCAACAGUGCGGGUCAGGAUGCGGUGGUGCGCAGUAGCAGUGAUGUGAAGGCGCUCACUUAUUGCGAUCUGAAGUGCGUGCAUAUGGGCGGCUUGGUUGAGGUGCUGCGUCUCUAUCCGGAAUACCAGCAACAGUUUGCCAAUGAUAUACAACACGAUCUCACAUUCAACUUACGUGAAGGUUAUGAAUGUCAGGACUCAGAAAUAGGACCAUCAUUUCCGUUGCCAAGCAUAAGCGAAGACGAUGAGAACCAGCAGGACGGCGAUGGUGGCGAUGAUGAUAAUGAAAAUGGUGCGAACGCCUCACCACAUCACAGCAUUACUACACCAUCACCAUUGCAUGGACGCUCACCAUUGCUGGGUUUGAAUAGUCCACGUUUAAUGAAAUUACAUCCGCGUGGACGUUCGCUGAUAACCUUGCGUGAGCGUGUGGAGCGGCAACGUUCACUAAAUAUAACAUCAAGUUUGGAUACCGGCUCCAUGGAUGAGGAUAUGAACGGCGAGGAUGGGGAUGAUGAUGUGCACAGCAUAAAGAAGAAACCUUCGAUGGAACGCUUGGAUUCGCAGGUGUCGACGCUGCACAAUGAUGUGGCGCAGCUGAGUCUGGAAGUGCGCAAUGCCAUACAGGCGCUACAGGAGAUGACGUUUUCGACUAUGGCCUCGCAGGCUAGUCUCAAAUUCCCACCUGCACGUUCUAUACCCAAUAUAUGUGGUACCGUUGGUGGCGUAGUGGGUAUGGGCAGCACCAUGCACUUUGUGGCGAGUAGCACAGAUGAUAUGUCACUGCAGCGUUCGUCCUCUCAUCCGCCUGAAAUCUGGGGACGUGAAAUGCAACUGCCUUUUGCAGGCGGUGCGACAGUACAAGGAAGUAAAGCUGCUGUUGAUGCUGGUGGCGGCAUCAGUGCUACUGGUAGCGCCAAGACAAACUCGCCGGCUGCGCCAGAAGUGCCGAAAAUAUCGCGCGCUACACAAACAGACUUCUAUAAGAUAGACUUUCCCGUUUUCGAACGUUUUGUAUUGGCCAAUCCACGUUUGGUGCUCGGCCUGCUGGGUAUUGAUCCGGCGAUAAAGACUGAAAUUGAAUUGCUACAACAACAGCAGACUCUACAAGUAUCGCCAUUGAAUACAAUCGAGGAGGUUAUAUCGCCCGCCGAAGGCCCCGGCUCGGUUACCGGCUCCAAUGAACGCUUACUGGGCGACAGCUUCUGUGGCAACGGCAAGUCGUACGCCGUGAUGGAUGAUGAGAAUUCCAAUGAUUAUCGUUGGAUAAUGAAACAUUCCGUGAGUAAAAGUAGUAAUUGUUGUCGCUCGACGGAGGCUUUACUGCAACCCAUCGAAGAGCAACAGGAGCUGCCAAAGUACUCGGUUCAAUCAGCGCAACGCAUGCCACAGUCACCACCCUCGCGAUACGAGCACCACUACACGUCCGCUACGACAACCGCGACGACAAUCAUUGCCGCGACGCCGGCAUCUGCUGAUCAGGCAGCCACUUUCCAAUUAGUUAGCGAAGCAGAACGAACAGGCGGUUCUGUGAAAACUCAACAGCAGCCAGCACACCGCACAACGCGGCGGAACUCCAAUACCAACUACAGCCAAAACCAAAGCAACAGCAAUAGCAGUCUCUCGAGCAAUGCGUCCACACAUUCGAAUAGUAGCAACAGUCCGCCUGCGACAACAACUGCCGGCACGACCGGACACAAUGGACCGGUUAGUGGUGGCACAGGUGGCAGCACGAUUAGCGGUGGCGGCGGAGGUAACAGUGCAUCCAGUAACAACAACAGUCGACGCUCUUCUUGGAAACUUCACCGUUCACAAAGUGGCGACUAUAAACGUUUACCCGAGGCGCUAGAGGACUCACCGCCGGGAAAGAUCAUUACCGCUGCUAGUGCAACAACAACCACGUCUGUCACACAUUACGCAUACAGCGGCGGUGGCGCCGCCGACGAACAUCUCGAACUUCUCGCCAGCAGACGCUCAUCGCGCGCCAGUUGCGCAUCGGUGGUCAGCGCGGCCGCAGAGGCGGCAGUGGUGAGCAAGCGUAACAGUCUCAAUGCGAAUCGCUCCCUGUUGAGCGUUAGCGGUGCUGGCGCUGGUACAAAUGGUGGCCAUGGGCAUACGAGUUAUCGUUUCUCCGCUGGCGAUGCUGACAAACUAGAAAAGGGACUGAAGGGUUUGCCAUCGACGAGAUCGCUGCGGGACGCCAGCGUAAAUUAGUUGGACGCCAGCGGCUGGAAACCGAAGAAAUCGCUGAAGCGGAGACGUAGUAAUAGCUGCAUAUCUAGCUAGUUUUUUAAGAAAUCAUGAACCGAGUGCUGUGCGAAAGUGGACAAAAAGACAGAUUUGUAGUUAGGUACAAAUGAGAUGAGUGAUAAAAGAGAAGAAGAAAGCAGUGGUUGUGUUUUAGCUGGAGCAUAUAAAUUCAUAGGUUAAGGUGGAAGAAAGUGAUAGAGAAUUUGUUUGAAUAUAAUGGGUAGGAAAUUAGUAAUGCUGAGAGAGAGCUUAAAACCCUAGGAGUAUCUAUUAGAAGCCAAGUAAGAAAGAAACGUGUAUUGUCAAGGAAAUCUUUUUAUACUAUUUGCUAAACAUAUAAUAUUUAUUCGUUUUCGUAAUUGAUCCACUUGUUGAAUUUUACUGCUACUUCUUUCUGAGUAAAGCUUUAUAUUAGUGGGUUCAAAAUUUUGUAUUCCUAUACAUAAUUUUCAGAAAAUAUUACGGUAGGUUGGGUUAGAUUAGUCUGGUCGGCUAAUGCGCUACACAUAGACCAUUUUUGCUCCUUAGCGGUCUCAGUUGGAGUCCAUUAGGUAGUUCAUGAGCAAUAGUCAUCAUUAAGGAUGCCAGCUGUUGAUGCGAGUUUCUAUAGGUUCCGUGGCCGCACUCUCGCUACUUCUUCCAGCGUCUCAUACCGUAAGCCACCAAUAGUUAAAGCGUUACCUUGCCAAUGUAGGGCAAGUGCACAAGAGAAGAUCCAAUGCUUACUGGUGCCUUGCUCCUGGCAUUUCUCGCAGCUAUCACACUCUGUUAGUUCCAUUCUGUAACCAAUGGAUUUUCCAAUCAUGCUUAUAAGGUAGCUUCUAUCAAGAACGAUAAGGCACUUAGUGUAUUUCUGACCUACAUUUUUUCAUAUGACUUUUGCAGUUUUGUAUCCGAUGUUUCGAGUUUCCUUGUCAUGCUCUUGUCCAGAUUGUCGUAAGGACAAAGCAUGGGCUUACCAAUGUCGCUCCUGUUUUCGGCUGACGGUCGUACACAACUCUUGGCAAUAGCGUCUACUAUAUCAUAGCUGUCGAUGCCUUUGUGGCUUGGCACCCUAGAAACAUUCUGAUAAUCCUCUGUAAAAAUUACUCUGCAAAUGGUAUUUAUUAAUGAAGUUUAAAAGGAUCCUUGUUGAUGCUUUUUUUCCAAAACCUUUAAAAUACUGGAGUACACCAUUCUAGUACACUUUGAAUAUUUGUAAUCGGACUUAUGAACAACAACUUUGCGGUUAUGGUUAUCGCUUGCAGAGGCUCGUCUUCUUUUUAUUCGUUGGACCUUUCGCUAAGAUCGAUUUGGUAGGCAUCGUUAAUGAAGUAACACAAUGCUUGAAGUGUUUCUGAAUAGUAAGCAUACAAGUUUUGAGUUCUUUUAGACUAUUCUACUCAAUUAUCCAGCAAUGACAUAACUUGACAGCUCAAAUUUGUCAUAAACGAAUAUAGUAUACUCCAACCUUCGGUGAUAUACGCAUGAGAGCGUUAGAGAGUAUCUUGCUUGGGGGCUGCACGAAGCUUAUCUCACAUUAGUUUAGUUUAGAAGUGAGCUAACGGGAGUAUGGAAAUGAGUAGGAAUUAGAAAUUGAGUGAGUUUUUAGUAAGUAACAGUGAGUGAUUAUAUCAUAUACAUAGAAAAGAAGAGAUAUUUUUAACAGAUAAAAAAUAAAAAA